AAUAGAACCUCAGUCAGUCAGUCGGAUACAAAACUUUAAUUUAUUGAAUUUUUUUUGCCAACUCAAUUAAGCUGAGAAUAAACUACGCAAGCGUCAUAAAGCCGGCAUCGGUUUCGCCUUUGUGGGUCCAGUUGAUGGCUAGCAAUAGCCGUGAAUACAUAAAAUUGUAAAAAACAAAUAACAUAAGAGCUCGAAGUCGUGUAAAAAUAAAUAAAAAAACAUAACUUAAAAGUGAUAAUGGUGCUGAAACCCGUUGCCGUUGUCGUCCUGUGUGCGAUAAUAUUGGCGUUUGGAACUGCUGAUACCGAAGCCAAGUGUGGAUAUAAGUCAUGUCCAGCUACAUCAUCCAAAAAUUUAAACAUUCACCUUGUUCCACAUUCCCAUGACGAUGUUGGUUGGCUCAAAACAGUUGAUCAAUAUUAUUAUGGCAGUAAAACUGGCAUUCAAAGAGCUGGAGUUCAAUACAUAUUGGAUUCCGUAAUCGAUGAGCUACAAAAAGAUUCUAAAAGAAGAUUCAUUCAAGUUGAAUCAGCAUUUUUCUUCAAAUGGUGGGACGAACAAACUUCGAGUACUCAAAAAAUUGUCAAGAAACUUGUUGAUAAUGGUCAACUUGAAUUUACUGGCGGUGCAUGGAGUAUGAAUGAUGAAGCUGCUGUUCAUUAUCAGAGUAUUAUUGAUCAAUUUACUAUUGGAUUGAAGAGGCUUCAAGAGACCUUUGGUGAAUGUGGUCGCCCGAGAAUUGGCUGGCAAAUCGAUCCAUUUGGUCAUUCUCGAGAAAUGGCUUCGAUAUUUGCUGAAAUGGGUUUCGAUGGAGAAUUCUUCGCUCGCAUGGAUUGGGUAGAAAAGAACUUGAGACUGAAAAAUAUUUCUGCUGAGAUGAUUUGGAAGGCUAGCCCAAGCUUAGGUGAAAGUUCCGAUAUAUUCACUGGAGAACUCUACAAUCACUAUUCAGCACCACCUGACUUGUGUUUCGAUGUCUUAUGUCAAGAUGAUCCAAUUAUUGAUGGAACAAGUUCUGAUAACAAUGUCAACAAAAAAGUUGAUUAUUUCCUUGAAUAUACCAGAAAUAUGAGCACUUACUACAGAACCAAGAAUCUAUUGGUACCUAUGGGUGAUGAUUUCAAUUACCAAAGUGCUGGAAUGAAUUUCAAGAACAUGGACAAGCUCAUCAAAUACGUCAACGAACGUCAAAAUUAUGGUUCCAAAGUAAACGUCUUCUAUUCAACUCCUUCGUGCUACCUGAAGUCUCUCUAUGAUGAUUUGGAAACUUGGCCCACAAAAACAGAAGAUUUCUUCCCCUAUUCAACAGAUGGGCAUUCAUACUGGACUGGUUAUUAUAGUUCCCGCCCAACUCAGAAAGGAUUUGAACGUUAUGGCAAUCAUUUUCUUCAGGUUAAUAAGCAACUUAGUGUCCUUGGUGGUUUAGACGGGGCAGGACCUAAAGCUAACCUUGAAAACCUCCGUCAUGCUAUGGGAGUUAUGCAACAUCACGAUGCCAUUACUGGGACUGAAAAACAAAAAGUCGCUCAAGAUUACGAUAAAUUACUUCAUGGAGCUAUUCAUGGGUGUGAAACAAACACCAAACUAGCUCUUCAAAAGUUGACGAAUAUUACCCGCGGAGAGUUUGUUAGUUGCCAUUUGGCUAAUAUCAGUAUGUGUACUUUUACAGCUAACGCAGAAAGCUUCGUUGUAACGCUUUUUAACCCACUGGGAAGGAACUCUAAGCAGUAUGUGAGAAUUCCAGUUGUUAAUGGAACCUAUGUUGUCACAGACAAGUCGGGCAAGACUAUUCUAUCUGAUGUUGUUCCAGUGCCUUCGUCGGUUUUGAAAAUUCCAUAUCGAAUUAAUAAAACCCAACAUGAGCUUGUUUUUGAGGCUUCUGUUACAAAAAUUGAAUCUUAUUAUGUGAAACGGACUUCAAAGCCUAAAACAAGGGAAGUUCCAGCAUGGUUUUUGAAAACAAAAAUACACCGAGAGACCUCACAUUACAACAUCAUCGAAAGACACCAUGAAGAACGAGCUGUAAAAGCCCCAGCACCAGCUCCAGCACCAGCACCAGCACCAGCACCAGCACCAAAAGUGACAAUUGUUGAAAAUUCGAACGUUCGUUUGAACUUCAGCUCAUCAGGAAAACUACAAGCAGUUAGAAUGAACGGUGUUGACCAAGUGAUCAACCAAGACUUUUACUACUAUCGUGGAGCUCGUGGUAAUAAUGCUGAGUUUAAGAAUCGAUCUUCUGGAGCUUACAUAUUCCGACCAAAUGGUACAGAAGUCUUAAUGGCUAGCAAAGUCAAUUUAACUGUUUUUAAAGGAAAGUUAGUCCAAGAAGUUCAUCAAAAUUUCACAAACUGGUGUAGUCAAGUUAUUAGGAUCUAUAAUAAUUCCAGUCGAGUUGAAUUCGAAUGGCUAAUUGGACCAAUUCCAAUAAAUGACAAUAUGGGCAAGGAAGUCAUAACUAAGAUUACAAGUCCAAUUGCUUCAAAAGGAGUCUUCUAUACUGAUUCAAAUGGUCGAGAUAUGAUGAAGAGAACAUUAAAUGGUCGUGAAUUUUUCAAGGCCAAUCUAACAGAAAAAGUUUCAGGAAAUUAUUAUCCCAUUACGUCGAGAAUUGCUUUGGAAGAUGACAAAACUCGCAUUGCCUUAUUAAAUGAUCGAGCCCAAGGUGGAUCGAGUAUACAAAAUGGUUCACUAGAACUUAUGCUUCAUCGAAGAUUGCUUAGUGAUGAUGCUUUUGGAGUUGGCGAGGCUCUCAACGAGUCUGCUUAUGGUGAGGGAGUUAUUGCCCGUGGUAAAUACUAUCUCGUAAUUAGUCCAACAACAAAACGAUUCUCCACUGUAGAACGAGAAAUGGUACAUGAAAUUCAUCUUCCAUUCUGGAAAUUCUUCAGCUCGAACGGAAAAGAUAGCAAAGUUAAUGUACCAUCGAUUCCAAACUUUAGUUCUCUUCCAGCUGGCAUUCAUCUUUUAACAUUUGAGCCUUGGUCAGAUAAUGAAAUUCUUCUUCGUCUCGAACACUUUUUAGAUGCCACAGAAAGUUCGGGUAUAAGCUUUAGCAUCCGUCCAAUAUUCGAUGAACUGAAAGCUUCAUCAGUCAAGGAAACAACACUUGAUGGGUCUAUGGAUCUUGGUGAUUUGAAGAGAUUGAAGUUCUUCGAACAUGGUUCGAAGGUGAAGAAAGAUCAAUAUAUCAAAGCUCAACAUACCCCAUUGAAAGCUUCGAAAAAAGAUAAAGACUCUACAUUCAUUCUUAAAUUCAAACCAAUGCAAAUUAGAACUUUUAUUUUUAAGAAGAAAUAAUUUGUAAAUGAUUUGUUUGUGUGUAUUUAAAUAAAAUAUAUCAAGCUUUUUGUUUUGAGAGCUUCAGCAA